UUAAUUUUUAUUUUUUAUUUUUUACUACGAAGUGUCACCUGGCAACACUAAUUUUGACAGCGAAUAUCAAUCGAGUCACGAUUGUCAACAAUAAUAUUUUUUUUUUAUUUUGUAAACAUUGAACUUAAAAAUACAUAAUAUCAAGACCCAAAAGAACAUUAUUUUAAAACCUUUAUGUCCCCUAAGCGACAUAAAGUGGCGACCGUUCGACGAGACACCUACAAUUUUCGGAUAGAAGACCGAUACAUAAAAUUGUUGACAACGUGUGGCACGUGCUCCGGCUGCGACAUCCAGUUAAAAAACCAGAUAAGUGUUCAGUCCUUUCUCUCCCACUGUUCCUCACCUAAAUCUUCCGUUCACCUACCUAUAAUCUUUAAUAUCCUAACCUAAAAUUCUAAACAAAUAAUAGUUUUCAUACGAAGUUUAGCAAGUGAUAUCAAAGGUCACUCUACUUUUGCAAAUAAGUACUUAAGUGUUUAUUUACAGUGUAAGGCUAUUAUUUCAUCUUAAUAAUUAAAAUAAGAAAGGUUAUUUACAUAAAAAUUACAAUAAUAAUUGUACUAUGCUAAUUAGAAUUCAUACAGUAUACAUAACUACAUAAAAAUAAUCUACUUAAAAUAUAAACUUUAUGUACAGUUAUACUUACCUUAUCUACAGUAUUUCUUAAUUUAUAGUGCCUAAACUUACACAAAUAAUAUUACUACAAGUAAUUCAAAUACAUAAAUAGGUAUAAAACAUUUUUUACAACAGUUAGUUUGGUUAGCAUUCAAAGUUAAAUUCAUUUUGAAUAAUUCUAAAAAUAGAUUACCAUAAGUGCCUAUUUAUCAACCUUGCACUCAUAGUUUUCCCGUUGCACAUACUUUCAGGUUCAAAGUCAGGUGAAUUCAAUCAAGUGCCGACUGGUGUUGUUAUCUUUUGUAGUCAGCUGAUUAUUUGGGCAACCUACUCAUCUGGAUGCUGCAAAGCGGGGAGCUUGGGAUAGGUUGUAUUUGACGUCUUUAUUUCACAUUUCCUGCUAAUUUCUUAAUUCAUGAGGUAUUACUGUUUUCUGAAUUACUAUUUUCUCUUUGCAUAUAGUAUACAUUUUUGUAAUUUUCAACAUGAGUACUUCAAAUGAAGCCAUGAAGGGUACUUCAGAUAAAGGUCUGUCCGCUAAAAGGAGCUCAAUUAGAGGGCAAAUAACAAAAUUUAGAAAUUAUUUAGACAAAAUCAGUACAGCUAAAGUAUUGAGUAGUAUUGAAUUAAUCGAGUUAUCAAUAAAAAUUACAAAGAUUGAGGCUUUGGCAGGAAAAUUUGAUGAGCUGCAAACUGAGCUCGAGGUUCUUAAUCAGCAUAAUUUAGAUGCAGAAUUAGCAAUUCGAGACAGCAUAGAACAAGAUAUCAUAUUUUGUAUUGCCACGGCAAAAAAAUUAUUUGAAGAAUUCCAAACUACAAAUAACGAGACGCGACGUAGCUCAGGGCGCCCAGAAACUGAAUGUCAAUCUGAUCAUAAUCAGGAUUUAGGUAUAAAAUUACCACAAAUUCAAAUAAAUAAAUAUGACGGAUCAUACUUUAGGUGGCUGGACUUCCGGGAUACAUUUGUUAAUCUUGUGCACAAAAAUCCUAAAUUAACAUCCAUACACAAGUUCCAUUACCUGGUUUCAUAUUUGGAAGGAGAAGCCGCUCGCAUAAUAUCUAACUUGGAAAUUUCCUCUAGCAACUAUGAGCUAGCAUGGAAAUUGUUAAUCGAGCGCUACGAUAACAAGCGGUUAUUGGUAAAUCACCAUUUAAAUUCCUUAUUUAAUAUCCAAACACAAAAAGAGUCUGAAAAGUCACUAAGGUUCCUUGUAGACCAUGUGACAAAAAAUCUGCGCGCUUUAGCCACAUUAGGGCAACCAACCGAUAAGUGGGACAUUUUAAUAAUAUACAUGCUUACAUCUAAACUUGAUGCCAGAACCCUUCUCAAAUGGGAAGAGCAUCGAAACACGCUUGAUGACCUUCCAACGUUAGAAAUAUUUUAUAAAUUCUUAAUAGACCGUGCAGAUGUGAUUGAAGCUAUGAAUAGGAAUCGCUUUAAUAAUCAAAACAGCAACUCAUCAAACCAGACACAAAAUAACAGCCAUUUCAAUCAGUCAGGUUCUAAAGAUUCACGCAACAAUAAUUUUCAACAUUUUAAUAAACAACAAAAGAGCACUUUUGUUCAUGCCAGCACUAGUCAAGAAAAGGCUAGCAUGUUUGUAUGCGUGAUUUGUAAUGAAAAUCAUAAAAUAUAUGAUUGUUCUGUUUUUAAGGCAAAGGGGGUGUCCGAUAAAUUGUCAGACGUUAAUAAAUAUCGUUUGUGUCAUAAUUGCCUUAAGCAGGGUCACCCUACUCAUGUAUGCCGUAUGGGCCCUUGUACCAUAUGUAAGAAACGUCAUAACACGUUGCUACAUUCGAACAAUCCGGAGUCUUCUGUUCAUACCAAUGCCUCCCUUAAUGACACAAAAAAUGGUCAAACUGAAAGUAUAGUGAACUUUUCAAAUCAAAACAUAACAAGCAAUAAACAAGUGAUUUUAUCUACUGCUUGGAUUAAAGUUUGCAAUCCUAUGACAAAUGAGACUGCCAAGGUUCGUGCACUGCUAGACUGCGGUAGCCAAUCAUCGUUUGUUACUACAGAGCUAAAACAAAAAUUGAAUUUGAUUUCUAACAAUACAAAUACAAUAAACAUAAUUGGAAUAGGCAAUAAUUGCACCAAUAAAGUCAAAGACAGUUGCGUUGUUCAGCUUAAGUCAUUAAAUUCUCCAUACCAAGCCACUUUGUCUUGCUUGGUAUUGGACGAGCUAACAGGUGAGUUACCAAAGGCUCCUAUAAACGCGCAAUGUUUAAAUCUGCCUAUUGAUCUGCAGCUGGCCGAUCCUAACUUUGACCAACCAGCACCUAUCGAUGUCUUGAUAGGGGCCGAUCUGUUUUGGGACGUUUUGAAGGGCGGCAGACGUUCUUUAGGUCCAAAUGCAAUGGAUCCCAAAUUACAAAACUCUCAAUUCGGUUGGUUGAUCGCCGGUUGCGUAGGUUUAAAUGCAUCAACUACAAUACAUUGCAAUCACGCAAUAGCAAGAACAGACAGCAUAAUUGAUUACUAUUUACCAAAGUUUUGGGAACUGGAGCAAAUACCACAAAAAUCAUUACUUAGCGAGAAUGAUAGACACUGUGAAAAACAUUUUAUUUCAAAUACUAGUCGCGAAGAAACCGGACGUUUUAAUGUGAGACUUCCCUUGGUAGAGUCCCCCGAUGUCCUAGGUGACUCCUACAAUGCAGCCAAGCGUCGUCUCCUAAACCUGGAAAAGAGAUUUAAAAGAUUACCAUUAUUAAAGGAAAAAUACACAGAAUUUAUUAAAGAAUAUGCCGAUUUAGGUCACUUAUCCGAAAGCCCAACUAAAAUUCCAGAUCCAGGUUACUUCCUGUGCCAUCACGCAGUCCUUAAAGAAGACAGUGAGUCUACAAAGCUGCGCGUGGUAUUUGACGGAUCAAACCCAACUUCCAGUGGUCGAUCACUAAACGACAUUUUAAUGGUUGGUCCCAGUAUACAGGAUUCCAUUUUUUCUAUAUUGCUCAGGGCGAGGCAGUACAAAUAUCUUUUAUGCGGUGAUAUAGAAAAGAUGUACCGCCAAGUUAACGUCAAUGAACAAGAUCGUAAUUUACAGUUGAUACUAUGGCGAGAUGAUGAAUCGCAACCAAUAAAAACUUUACAGCUCAACACGUUAACUUAUGGGACGGCCAGUGCCAGUUAUCUUAGUACUAGAUGUCUAUGGCAAAUUGGAGAAGAAUGUGAAGACACCGAAAUUAAAAUAAUAAUUCAGAAGGAUUUUCUAGUGGAUGAUCUCAUUACGGGAGCAGACACGGAAGCUAGGCUCUAUUACAUAAAAAAUGCUUUAGUAGAAACUUUAAAUAAGGGUUGUUUUAAACUAAGAAAAUUCAAAAGUAAUUUGUCAGCAUUGAUCAAAGAGAUUGCUUCACAAUCUCACGAACACUUAAAUAUCAGUGAGUCUACUAGUACUCUUGGAUUGGGAUGGAAUCCUCAUAGGGAUGUAUUACAUUUUCCUUUUCACCUGCCAAAAGACAUUUUUGGCAAAAUUACCAAGCGAUCCAUAAUGUCCAAUGCUUUUAAGAUUUAUGAUCCAUUAGGGCUUCUAGGACCAUGUAUAGUACAAAUAAAAAUGUUAUUGCAAGAUUUGUGGCAAUUAAAAAUUGAUUGGGACGAUGACGUUCCAAAGGACAUUGAAAGGUCAUGGAUUCAGAUAUGCGAAAAUAUCAAGUGUUUAGCAAAAUUUGAAAUUCCAAGGCGAGUUUCAUGUGACAGCCCUAAGUGUACCGAAGUACACAUAUUUUGUGAUGCGUCUCAGCGGGCUUAUGGAGCAGCUGCUUACGUCAAAACGGUUAGUCAAAAUGAUGAAGUAACUGUUAGGUUGUUGUGCGCAAAGUCAAGAGUGGCAAGCCUGAAACCAGUUACAAUUCCACGUCUAGAGCUUUGUGCCGCACUCCUUGGUGCUCAGCUAUCCCAAAGUGUAUCCGAAUCCUUGCGUCGUAAACCGGAUCGAUUCGUGCAUUGGUCAGAUUCCAGUGUAACAUUAUCCUGGCUGCGGGCGAAUCCUAGGAAACUCAAGACCUUUGUAGCCAAUCGCGUUGUGGAAAUUAAUGAAUUAAUUCCUUUAUCAAGCUGGCGAUACGUACCUACGGAUUUGAAUCCGGCUGAUAUGGUGUCGCGUGGAGUCAAUCCCAAACAGCUGAUGGAUUCAGAUCAGUGGUGGCUUGGUCCAAGUUUCCUGACACAGCCCGAAUCCAAAUGGCCGGUUCUUACUGCACCUGAAAAUAAAAACAUACCUGAAAUUAAAAUAAAUAAAUUAAACACUAAAACAAUAAAUACACUUACAGCUAUAAAUAAAAAUUACUUACCUGAUACCGGUGAUAACUUACCUGCAUCUCCAACCGACGAACCUGAAAUAAAAAAUAAUGUAUGUACAUAUGAUCAGCCAAUAUUAAAAUGCGAAAACUUUUCAAAAUUCAUGAAAUUGCAAAGAACAGUAGCCUAUGUUAACAGAUUUAUAAACAACAUAUAUGUAAAAAUACGAAAAACCAAGCGUAGUGGUCAUCUAACUACUGACGAAUUAAAGGAAGCUUUUCAUUACCUUUGUAGAAUUUCACAGCAAGAAUCCUUUCCUGAAGAAUAUAAAACACUAUCAAAGGGUUUAGAAUUAAAAUCAAAAUCUAACAUUUUAUCAUUAAAUCCUUAUUUUGAAAAUGGUUUAAUUAGAGUAGGUGGCCGCAUAGAUGCUUCUAAUUACUCCUAUGAUAAAAGACAUCCAAUUUUAUUAGAAUCCGCGCAUCAUGUAACUAAAUUGUUAUUUGAAUGGGAACACUUACAAAAUUUGCACGCAGGUCCUCAGCUCCUUUUAUCCAUCUUAAGAGAAACUGUUUGGCCAGUAAACGGAAGGCGUCUUGCACGGCGUACAAUUAGCAGAUGCGUUAGGUGUCGUCGUGUACAAGGAAAAACUUUAGUGCCUAAAAUGGGUGAUUUACCAAGCAAACGUUUAAAUGCAGAUUUUCCCUUUAUUUCUGUGGGGCUAGACUUUGCGGGUCCUUUUCAAAUAUUAAACCGUAAGGGACGUGGAGCUAAAUUAAUCAAAUGCUAUAUGUGCCUAUUUGUUUGCUUGAAAUACAAAUGUAUCCACCUGGAAAUAGUGAGUGAGCUCUCAAUGAAUGCGUUUAUAAUGACAUUUCAACGUUUUGUUUCUCGGCGCGGCAAGCCAGCCGAAGUAUACUGUGAUAACGGCCGCAACUUUGUGGCUGCCGAUAAGGAACUCAAAAAAUAUUUACAAUUGCAACAAGAAGCUCUUGGUGAGUUUGCCGCUCAGGAGGGCGUUAAAUUUAGCUUUAUCCCAGCAUAUAGCCCCCACUUUGGUGGCAUCUAUGAGGCAGGAAUUAAAUCGGCAAAAUUUCAUAUAAAGCGUGUAAUGGGUAAUUGUAAUUUAACCUUUGAAGAAUUAGGUACAUUAUUUGCAAAAGUGGAGGCGAUUUUGAAUAGUCGGCCAAUUUGUCCUUUAUCGUCCUCUCCUACAGACUUUACCUCUCUUUCCCCUGGACACUUCAUCAUCGGACGUCCACUGGUGGCUCUACCUACACCUCCUCUGGAGCAACGUUCUACGAGCGCACUUAAACGUCAUGAGCGGCUAGAGCAGCUGAAACAACACUUUUGGGCCAGAUGGCAAAGAGAGUUCAUAUCAGAGUUGCAACAAAGAUUGAAAUGGAAAACGUCUGUAAAACAAGGCAAUCUGAAAAUUGGCGAUUUAGUCUUAAUUCAAGAAGACUAUGUUCCUCCGAUGUGUUGGCGCAUGGGACGAGUACUACGGCUAUUUCAUGGACCCGAUGGCAUAGCUCGAGUAGCCGAUAUAAAUACCACUAGAGGUAUCAUAAGAAGAGCAUUGGUGCGCCUAUGCCCUCUUUACCCGAUUGAAGACAAAUGAAGAUCCUGAAAGCAGUAUCUUUCAGCCCAGGCGGAGUAUGUUACGCCUCUGGCUUAAUUUUUAUUUUUUAUUUUUUACUACGAAGUGUCACCUGGCAACACUAAUUUUGACAGCGAAUAUUAAUCGAGUCACGAUUGUCAACAAUAAUAAUUUUUUUUUAUUUUGUAAACAUUGAACUUAAAAAUACAUAAUAUCAAGACCCAAAAGAACAUUAUUUUAAAACCUUUAUGUCCCCUAA